CAACACAAUUUUAAGUGGAUCCGAAUAUCCAACACUUGGUUUUAUAACACCAAUAUUGGAAGAACUCACUCGCUGGCUUAGGCAAUUUACUGAACAAAGUUAUAAAGCAAUUCUUGUGAAAGACACAAUCUUGAAUAACUUAGUUGAACGUUGGGGAGAUCUAAAAAGCACUAAUGUAUCUGAUGAAUUUGACCGGUAUUGUGAAAUACCUGAAAUUUCUCUUGAAGAAGAAUUCU